AUGAACCUCAUGAGUUUGCUGGUGCCCGACGACAUGAGCAGACGCAUGGAUUAUAUUCGGUGCGUGGCGCCGGGCGAGCUAGCUUUUCGGGGCGGCGCCAAGCCCGAUGUCCUCCCCGAGGUGGGUGACAGGGAGCUUGAAGAGUGGUGCCGCCGCUUUGUCGAGGACCCGGCGCCGGUGAAAAGCUUUGCGCUCGGGAGGGUCGUUGCCAACAUGGACGCGCUAUACAUCGAGGGCCAAAUCCGCAGCUUGAUUGCGUCGACUCAGUACAAGGGGCAGGUCAACAUCUCUUUCCCCGUCACGCAUGCCAACGUCAAGGUCAAGAGUGCCGAGAAGUCGAGCAAACUAUACCUGGGCAUGAAGAAUCUUUUCUCGAGUAAGCACAAAUACGAGGUUGUGCAAUCGGUGUGGCCGUUCGCAUCGGCCAGGAACGGCGAGGAUGGACGGAGGUGCAUGGUGCAGAGCGAGGAAGUCUGGUGGCGGGAGUGGCGAGACUCGAUUAAGUACGCCGUUGCGCAGAAGAGACAGAACGGGGCAUACGUGACGAACGAGGACAAGCUGGAGGCGCUGAUGGAGGGCAAGGGCAAAGGCGUCACGUCCAUCGACUGGGGCGGUUCCGACUUUGACGAACAGGGCGUGUGA